CGAUAAAGGGCGCCCGCGGGGCCGGGCGGGGCGGCGGCACUGCGCGGGGCGACCGGCGCUGACAGCCGGACCACCUGGACACUCGGGCGGAGGCCGCAGGGCCUGGCCUCGGGGUGGGUGAGAUGGUGACGACCCGGAGACUUCCCAGCAGCUCAAUGGCCUCCCCAAAGAAGAAACUUCAGGGUCUGGUCGCUGCAACCAUCACGCCGAUGACUGAGAACGGAGAAAUCAACUUUUCAGUAAUUGGCCAGUAUGUGGAUUAUCUCGUGAAAGAACAGGGAGUGAAGAACGUCUUUGUGAAUGGCACUACUGGAGAAGGCCUGUCCCUGAGCAUCUCAGAGCGUCGCCGGGUCGCCGAGGAGUGGGUGACAAAAGGGAGGAACAAGCUGGAUCAGGUGGUAAUUCACGUAGGAGCACUGAGCUUGAAGGAGUCACAAGAGCUGGCCCAACAUGCAGCAGAAAUAGGAGCCGAUGGCAUUGCUGUCCUUGCACCUUUCUUUCUCAAGCCGUGGAACAAAGAUGUCCUGAUUAAUUUCCUUAAGGAGGUGGCGGCUGCUGCCCCUGCAUUGCCAUUUUAUUACUAUCACAUUCCUGCCUUGACGGGGAUAAAGAUUCGUGCAGAGGAGUUGUUGGAUGGGAUUCAGGACAAGAUCCCCACCUUCCAAGGGCUGAAAUUCAGUGACACAGAUCUCCUAGACUUCGGGCAGUGUGUUGAUCAGAAUCGCCAGCGGCAGUUUGCCUUCCUUUUCGGGGUGGAUGAGCAACUGCUGAGUGCUCUGGUGAUGGGAGCCACUGGAGCCGUGGGCAGUACCUAUAACUACUUGGGAAAAAAGACAAACCAGAUGUUAGAGGCUUUUGAACGGAAGGACUUCUCUGUAGCCCUGAACUAUCAGUUUUGUAUCCAGAGAUUUAUCAACUUUGUGCUCAAACUAGGUUUUGGAGUAUCACAGACCAAAGCCAUCAUGACUCUGGUCUCUGGGAUUCCAAUGGGCCCACCACGGCUUCCACUGCAGAAGGCCUCCAGGGAGUUUACUGAUAAUGCAGAAGCUAAACUGAAGAGCCUGGAUUUCCUUUCUUUCACUGGCUUGAAGGACAGGAACUUGGAAGCCUGUAGCUAGUGCCUCACUAUUAAAUCAGGGUGUGUACAUUGGGACAUAAUCCACAUUAAAUAGAGCAUUCUUUUCUCAGGGACGUUGUAGAUGAACUUGAAAUAAACUCUUCUAGCAAAUGAAAUCUCAAAUCAAUCAACAAGUACUGAAGUACCUACUCUGAGCCUAAAAAAGUUUUAUUUUGUGAAAGGGGCAAAGGCUCUAGAAGGAGUCAUUCAUUUCACAAAAUUUUUGUAGAGAAAUUUCUAUUUAUAUGAAUGAAAUGGAGUCAAGAGGAAAAUCGGAAUCGAUUGAUUCUAUCUGCCUUUGGGAGUUCCAGUUAUCUUGAUUCCUGGUUCUUAAUCCUACUUUAAAGUUUUCUAAUUUUAAACCACUAUACUGUACUUUCAUUUUUAAUAAAUAUUCAUUUGGAAGCUAAGAAAACUCUGAGCUACUGCAUUUAGGCAAGCACUUUACUAGCAAAUUGCAACAUGGCUCCACUAUGUACAACUAACACACCAGCUCAUCUGGCUGCUCUGUCUAGCUCUAGAACAGAUGCUUUCAGAAUAUUUAUGACAUUACAGUUUUCCCCCAAAACAUUGGGUCAAAUGAGGACUUGCUUCAGUUCCUAUAACUAAAGGGCCCUUUAGGAUAGCUUUCUCAUAAAGAAAGAAAGGCCUUCCCCAAAGAUGAA